AUGGUCAACCUCCUCUCCCCGCACUACAAGCUCGAAGAGGUCACCGAGGAUGACAUGAUUAUUGCAUCGCUGGCCUGGGGCUUCACACUCGGGUUCAGCUGGCUUACAGUAUGGACGGCGAUCAAGCAGACGACUUCCAUGUACAGGCGCCAGGGCGGUCGUAUCUAUCGAAAUGCCUAUAUAUGGAUGAUCUGGCUAGAGAUUAUCGUCCAAUUCUUGCUUCAAAUUAUUAUAAAUCGUUGCGCCAUUUUACUCACCAACCACAAACGCUCUUGGUGGCUCAAGGUUGGCGUGGCCGUGCUCAUCACCGCCGUCAACAUCUCUGUCUACACCAUCUGGAUCCCCGCUCGACUGCAAAUAUCAGAACGCUAUAUUGAGAUCAACGAAUGGUGGGACCGCUGCGAAAAGGUCAUCUAUCUCAUUGUCGAUGGGGCGCUCAACAUCUACUUCGUCCGCAUUGUCCAGAAGAAUCUGGUUACUCAUGGCCUCACCAAGUACAAACGGCUGACGCAGUUCAACAUGUUCAUCAUUGGGUUCUCGUUAAGUAUGGACGUACUUAUCAUUGCCAUGAUGAGCCUCAACAACACAUUUGUAUACAUGCAGUUUCACCCUCUAGCUUACAUGGUCAAACUGAAGAUUGAGAUGUCGAUGGCCGAGCUCAUCGGAAAAGUUGCACGGAAACGCGACCUUGGCAUUUUAUCCGUGCCAGACUUCAACAGCAACCGAGAUUCUUACCAGCCUUCGGAAUAUAGCUUGCAAUUACCUAGCUACGCGAGGGGGCGGCCAGUCGGAGGCAUCGAUAUCACCCUCAACGGUACAAACACAAACUCGAUCCAACACAACGUGACGAAUACAAGAAUCCCAGCCCUGAGAGGUGUCAACGUGGCGGCCGUCAGCUCGGGCCCCAGCAGUCGAAGGCCUUCGGUCACUGCGGCUACAACCACCGAGGACGGACAGCCCAAGAUGGCGAUAUACAGGACAAGAGAAGUAGUCGUCGAAAUAGAGACGGUCAACAAUAAGGGUCACCAAGCGACGACGAGCCAGGUCAACCAGCCCGGCCAGAUCAGCCAGAUCACGUUGGACGACGUAGAUGAGGGAAGGAACUACGACGACGAAUCUUCCACAAAGGGCUUCAACAACGUCCAAAAGUCGUUGGCGCUACCAGAAUAUCAAGCUCCGUGGGCCGACCAGCAAUUCAGCACAAAGAUCUGGGACGGCACGAACUGCGACGAGGAUCCCAAAUUGCCGGCAUCGGUAGCGAAGAUCGGCGUGGACCGGCAAGGAGACACGUGA